GGCGUUUGUUGUGCAUGUUGUUCACACGUCUUUUUUUUCAAAUUUUUCAUUAUCGUUUGUAAAAAAAUUUUUGUACUUUGAUUUCUUUUUCCACGCUUUCUUUUCACGCAUCUUAAAUUUUGAAUUAUCAUCAUUAAAAAAUAUAUAAUUCGUUUUUGAAACAAGAUGGGAAAAGAAAAGACUCAUAUCAACAUUGUCGUCAUUGGUCACGUCGAUUCUGGUAAAUCGACAACCACCGGACAUUUGAUCUACAAAUGUGGCGGUAUCGAUAAACGUACCAUUGAAAAAUUCGAAAAAGAAGCUCAAGAUAUGGGCAAAGGUUCUUUCAAAUAUGCCUGGGUUUUGGAUAAACUAAAAGCUGAACGUGAACGUGGUAUUACCAUUGAUAUCACUUUGUGGAAAUUCGAAACACCAAAAUAUUACGUAACUGUUAUUGAUGCUCCUGGUCACAGAGAUUUCAUCAAAAACAUGAUUACUGGUACUUCUCAAGCCGAUGUGGCUGUUUUGAUUGUCGCUGCUGGUACUGGUGAAUUUGAAGCUGGUAUCUCGAAAAACGGUCAAACCCGUGAACAUGCUUUGCUUGCCUAUACUUUGGGUGUCAAACAAUUGAUUGUUGGUGUAAACAAAAUGGACACCACCGAACCACCAUUCUCUCAAGCUCGUUUCGAAGAAAUCCAAAAGGAAGUGUCUGCCUAUGUAAAAAAGAUUGGUUAUAAUCCGGCUACCGUCGCUUUUGUCCCAAUCUCUGGCUGGAACGGUGACAACAUGUUGGACCCAUCAACCAACAUGACCUGGUUUAAAGGAUGGUCGAUUGAACGAAAAGGACAAAAAUUCGAAGGCAAAACUUUGUUGCAAGCUUUGGAUGCCCAAGAACCACCAACUCGUCCAACUGACAAACCACUUCGAUUGCCAUUGCAAGAUGUGUACAAGAUUGGUGGUAUUGGUACCGUGCCCGUUGGUCGUGUUGAAACUGGUGUUUUGAAACCAGGUUGUGUCGUUACUUUUGCUCCAGCUGGUAUUACCACUGAAGUUAAAUCUGUCGAAAUGCACCAUGAAGCCUUGCAAGAAGCUGUCCCUGGCGAUAAUGUUGGUUUCAAUGUCAAGAACGUUUCCGUCAAGGAAUUGCGUCGUGGUUAUGUGGCUGGUGAUAGCAAAGAUAAUCCUCCAAAGGGAUGUGAAGAAUUCACUGCCCAGGUCAUUGUAUUGAAUCAUCCAGGCCAAAUCUCCAAUGGAUACACUCCAGUGUUGGAUUGCCACACAGCUCACAUUGCUUGCAAAUUCAAGGAAAUCAAGGAAAAAUGUGACCGUCGUUCAGGAAAAAAAUUGGAAGAUAUGCCCAAAUCAAUCAAAUCAGGUGAUGCCGCCAUUAUCGAUUUGGCGCCAACCAAACCAAUGUGUGUCGAAACAUUUACGGAAUUCCCACCAUUGGGUCGUUUUGCCGUUCGUGACAUGAGACAAACCGUGGCCGUCGGUGUCAUCAAAGCUGUCAAACCGAAAGAAGCUACCAGUGGUAAAGUGACCAAGGCUGCUGAAAAGGCACAAAAGAAAAAGUAACCAAACGCCUCGAACCUGGAAUACGUUUCUUUGUUUCUAUGGGCCGUCUGGCAAUUCACUUUUCGCUCUUUUCUCUCUCUCUCUCUUGAAACACACAUCACAUACACCAAUUAUAAAUCCCAACACAUUUAAUACAUAUGAUGAUUGAUUUUUUUGAAACAAAAAUACAACUCAAUAAACAAUUUUCAUUUUA